UUUCCUCUGACUUGUCACCAUAGUUGUUGAAGCAGACGACCCGUUUGACAAGUUCUCUCCAGCCUGCCAUUCCAGAACUAGUUAAUUCCAACCUACCCCCCAACCCCAUCCCCCACCCCUUUCCGAGAAAAACCCAAUUCAUUUAUUCCUUCAUAACUAGCCAGAUCAAUCAAAAUUUUAACCAAAUCUUGAGCAUUUUUUUCUCUAUUUUUCCUCAAGAAUUUAUCUAGUUCAAGAUGAAUGAUCUAUUCUCAGGAUCUUUCUCCCGUUUCAGAAAUGAAGAUCAGUCACCAAAUCAAGAAUCCCCUGGUAUACAAAUGAAACAAACAGGUGGUCAUGUCAAUCUUGACAAAUUCUUUGAAGAUGUAGAAGCCAUUAAAGAUGAGCUUAAAGAUCUUGAAAACCUUCACUCCCAACUCCACAAUUCACAUGAACAAAGCAAGACUUUACACAAUGCUAAAACUGUUAAAGAUCUCAGAACCAAAAUGGAUAACGAUGUUUCCAUAGCUUUGAAGAAAGCCAAGUUCAUCAAAGUGAGAUUAGAGGCAUUAGAUAGAUCUAAUGCUGCUAAUAGAAGUGUACCUGGUUGUGGACCUGGAAGUUCAUCUGAUAGAACAAGAACUUCUGUUGUGAAUGGAUUGAGGAAAAAACUUCAAGAAUCUAUGAAUCAGUUCAAUGAACUAAGGCAAAGAAUGGCAUCUGAGUAUAGAGAAACUGUUCAGAGAAGGUACUACACGGUGACGGGAGAAAAUCCAGAUGAAGGUACACUGGAUAAUCUGAUAUCUACUGGUCAAAGUGAGACAUUUUUGCAGAAAGCAAUACAAGAGCAAGGAAGAGGGCAAGUAAUGGACACUGUUAUGGAAAUUCAAGAAAGGCAUGAAGCUACGAAGGAAUUAGAGAGGAAUCUGAAAGAACUGCACCAAGUUUUCUUGGACAUGGCUGUUUUAGUGGAAAGUCAAGGAGUUCAACUAGAUGAUAUUGAAAGUCAAGUCAACAGAGCCAAUUCAUUUGUGAGAGGUGGGGCUCAGCAACUUGAGGUAGCAAGAAAGCACCAGAAAAGUUCAAGAAAGUGGACUUGUAUUGCCAUUAUUAUUUUGCUGAUUAUUAUCUUGGUGGUGGUUCUUUCCCUUCAACCAUGGAAGAAAUGAGAAUUAGUGAAAUGUUAUUAUAGGUUAUGGGUUCCACUUGUGAAAUCAACUAUUGCUUACAUCAGAGUAAGCUGCCUACAUAAAUCCUUGUUGAGAUGCAACCUUCUUCGGAUCCUACAUGAAUGCCAGAUGCUUCGUGCUUCGAACUAUCCUUUAUUUUUCAUUUUUUUAAUGUUUAUAGUUCUCUUUGUAAUUAUUGUUUUUGAUAAGUAGAAUUGUGCUGGAGCCUGUUUAAUUUUUUUAAACCCUCUAUUUUGUCUUAAUUGUUUGGUUAUACACAUUUGCAUUUUAAUUAAAUGUAAUCUUCUUUUGGUGA